UUCUUUAGGUGGUACGUGUGAAUCGGUAGUAUGUGCUGCGAAUUCUAGGUUUGGAGAUAUGUCCAUGCCAGUUGAUUUAACCUAAAUAAUUAAGCAUUUCUCUUCAGAAUGGAUGACGAAAUCUGUUCUAAAGUUAAAGCUGUUGCUUUAAAAAGUGAAAGAAAUUCUGCGAAAAGGAUAAAUACUUGCGGGCGCUACAAUAAGGGAAAUUCCCCAAGAUAUGUUAAUACUCCAGUAAAGCUGAAUGAAAAAUUGGUUAAUGAUAACAGAGAGAAGAGAGAUGUUACGCAAAGACGAUUUGCAAGAACCGACCACUCCAAUUCAUUUAUGCAAGUAAGUAAUUUUCAAAAUCGUUAUUCUUUGAAUUUUUUAGCAAGUACUAAUAUGAAUGGAAAUAAAACAGGGUGUUCUAAAAAAAAUACCAAUAAAGAAUGGAUGAAUAUUGAUAUGAAUAGAAAUCGGUCAGAAUUUGGGGUGAAACAUCAGGCUGAGGGUCUACCAAUGAGUAAUGUGAACAGAAGUAAUGCAGUAAGAACUAAUACUUUGAAAGACAUGAACACGCAGUUGCAUGGUUUUCAAACUAGAAAUAAGUUUCCUCCGAAGGAUGUAGAAAAACAAUUACCAAGUAUUAAAACAGAUAGAAUGUCUGUAUGUCAGGUGAAGGAAGAUAAAAAGCUUACUACAUUGACAUCUUUAAAAAUGCUUUUGGAGAAAGAUGAAACUGAGAUAUUGUUCAUGCUUGUCAUGGACAGAAGUGGAUUUAAGUAUACUCUAUCACAAGAUAAAUUUGAGAGAGAAAUGAUGACUACCAUUCUCAAUUUGCUAGGUAAAGCUUGUAGAGCUAGUCAGCAAAAACUUUUGCAAUCUCUUAUUCAUGAUGUAAUGAACAAUCAGCAUUUCCUCCUUCAGGUGCAGCAUUAUUUACUGUAUUUUCAGAAAAAUAGUUUGCAUUCGUAUGAAAUAGCAUCUUUUCAGAGUAUUAUAGAUCUACUUAAGAAAUUUCAAGAAACUGAAUUGUCUAAUUCUACUGAUACUGUUCUUAUUCUUUUACCUAUUCUGCAGCUUACCUGUGAUGUUAUUGCAAAAAAGGGGUUUAAAACAGCAGAUUUGAAGAUAUCUUUGUUAGAAAUUGAAAAUGGAAAAGAUCUUUUCUUACAUCAAUUUAAAAUGGGUAAAAAAAAUGAAUCAGAAGUUAAAUCUCAACAAAAUCAGCCACCAGAAGACUUUCGGAGUUUAUCAAUAUUACCAACUGUUGGUGACCUUCAAGAAACAAAAGUAUUUUUGAGGCCUAAUAUUGUACAAGGGAAGUAUGCAGAUGUUGAGCAUUAUUUAGAUGUACAGUUUCGGCUUUUAAGAGAAGACUACGUUCGUCCUUUAAGAAAUGGUAUUCAACAGUAUAUGUACCUCUCACUAAGUAGUCAAGCAGCAAGACCAAAUUUGAAAGCAUUACAAGAUGUUAGAAUAUAUUAUAAUUUCCAGUUACUUUAUCCUUGCUUAGAUAGAAGUGGUUUGGUUUAUAUGGCAAGUUUUGAUGUAACACCAUUCCGUAAUAUCAAUUGGGAGAACAGUAAAAGAUUAUUGACCGGUUCUCUAAUAUGCUUUUCUGAUAAUAACUUUGAAACUCUACAUUUAGCAUCUGUAACAAGCCGAGAUGCAAAAUUACUCAAACAAGGACAUUUACUCAUCAAGUUUGAAAGUGUUUCUUCAGACAUUUUAAAUUUUGAAUCUUUAAGGUAUUUUAUCAUGGUUGAAACUCAAGCAUAUUUUGAAGCGUAUCGUCAUAACCUUAGUGCUUUAAGAGAGAUGAAUGAAGUAAAUUUUCCUUUCCAGAAAUAUAUAGUGAAGACAGAAAAUGUAAUAAAAGCACCAAAUUAUUUAAAGUCUGGUACAAUGUAUGAUAUGACACCUUUUGUUGAUAAGCUAUCCCGUUUUAAAAUAAUGGUACCUGUCUUGAAUUAUAAAUUGUGGCCCUCAGAAGAGGAAUUUGGCUUAGACAAAUCGCAGUAUUUAGCAUUAAAAUCAGCUCUUGCAAAAGAAUUAUGUAUAAUUCAAGGUCCACCUGGAACUGGUAAAACGUUUAUCGGUUUAAAGAUAGCUGAAAUUUUGCUUCAUAAUAAAAGGAAUCUCCGAGGAUCCCCGAUUCUUGUUGUGUGUUACACAAAUCAUGCAUUGGAUCAAUUUUUAGAAGGAAUUUUAAACUAUUCAGAAUCUGUAGGUAGAGUAGGAGGCAGUUGCACCAAUAAGGAACUUGCAAAAUAUCAAUUAAAUAAUUUGCGUAUGAAAGCAAGAAAAUUAAAAUCUAUACCUGGUCAUGUGAGAUGUAAUAUUGCAGAGAAAUGCCAGCGUUUAAGUGUGAUGACAGAAAGAAUAGAAUUGAAAAGUAAAACAUUUCAUGCCUGUUUUAAUAAUGUACUGGAUGAUGUUUAUCUUUUCCAUGUUAUGAGUCGUCCUCAUUACAAGACAUUGGUAUAUGAAUGUGUGAAUAAUGGUGCCAUCCGUGGAAAAACUGUGAAGCAUUGGCUUGGGAUAACUGAAAAUUUUAGUGAAACAUGCACUACCAAAGAUAAUCAGGGGGAAAAUGAUGAUAAGUGUGCAAAAUUUAUCUUAGUCGAAAAAAAAGAAGCAUUUAACAAUACUGAAGAAAACGAGAGUGAUGUGGCUAAUAUUGAAGCACUGAGAAAUAUUGAUGACCAUGAUGAUUUAAUAAACAUAAAUAUUAAAAGAAAUGCUGCAACUGGAAAUUCUAAAAGAAGUGACUUUGUUGAAGGAGAAUAUGAAAAUGACUUGACUGAAGGUGAAUGGAAGGUAUGUGUUGGCAAAAAGAGUAAAGCUUAUAUCAGGAAAAAGUUAAAAUCAACAAGAGCAAUGACGCCUAAUCAAGUGAAUGCAGUGAGAAAUGUGUGGGAUUUAUCACUGGAUGAGAGAUGGUCAUUAUACAUGUAUUGGGUUCAGUGUUAUAUGAAACAUCUGAAUACCGAAAUUGAACAUGAUCAAAAAUGUUUAUUUGAUACACAUGCUGAGUUGCAGGAGAUACGAAAUGAAGAGAAUGUGUUUGUCUUGCGUAAAUGUGAUGUUGUCGGAAUGACUACAACAGGUGCUGCUAAAUACAGAGAUAUUUUAAAAAGGCUGAAUCCUCAGAUUGUGAUAUUUGAGGAAGCUGCAGAAGUUCUUGAAGCACAUGUUGUAACAUCCUUGAUGAAAGAUACUGAGCAUGUUAUACUCAUUGGUGAUCAUCAACAGCUGCGUCCAAACCCAACAGUAUAUGAACUUGCUAAAAGAUUUCAUUUUGAUGUUUCGUUAUAUGAAAGAAUGAUAAAAAAUGGAAUUGAAUACCAUCAGCUGACUAUUCAACAUCGUAUGCGUCCAUGUAUUGCUAGUUUGUUAACACCUCAUAUUUAUAUGGAUCUUAUAAAUCAUAAAUCAGUAACUCAAUAUGAAAAUAUCAAAGGUAUAAAUGGUAAUCUUUAUUUUGUAAAUCACAGUUAUUUUGAAUCAUCAGAAAAUGAACUUAAGUCUCAUGCAAAUGAACAUGAAGCUAUGUUUGUUGUAGAACUAUGUAAAUAUUUAAUUUUACAAGGUUAUGAUACAUCACAAAUUACAGUGCUUACUACCUAUAAUGGGCAGUUAAUAAAGUUGAAGCAGAUGUUGAAGUUAAAAGGUGUAACAGGAGUUAGAGCAACAGUUGUCGAUAACUUUCAAGGAGAAGAAAAUGAUAUUGUUAUUAUUUCUUUUGUAAGAAGCAAUGAAGAUGGCAGCAUUGGCUUUUUGAAGGUAGCAAAUAGAGUGUGUGUAGCUCUUUCACGUGCUAAAAAAGGUUUAUACUGUAUUGGAAAUUUCAAAUUUUUAUCUGAAACCUGUAAUCUAUGGAAAAAAAUCUUAUGUAAACUUGAAGUACAGAAUUGUAUUGGUGAGUCACUUAGUCUGUGUUGUCAGAAGCAUCCAGAAAAUACUGUAUAUGCAUCAUCUUGGUCAGACUUUGAAAAGGUUCCAGACGGUGGCUGUCUAAUUCCUUGUGAAAAAUUGUUGACUUGUGGUCAUGUAUGUUCUCGGAAAUGUCAUCCUGUUGAUCUGGAUCACAAAGAAUAUAAAUGUUUAGAACAAUGUCAGAAAAUCAUAUGUGAAAAUAAUCACAGAUGUCCUGGAUUAUGCUAUGAAGAAUGUAAAUCUUGUAAAGUGCCUGUUCUAAAAAUUGUCCCAAAAUGUGGGCAUGAAAUAACUGUUCCUUGUUAUGAUAAUGGACAUCAAUGUAUUCUACCGUGUGAAAAAAAAUGCCCUUGUGGUCAUCAGUGUGCUAAUAUAUGUGGAUAUCCAUGUACAAAAGAAUGUGAGCAAAUGGUGUUUGUUAAUUCUCCAUGUGGCCAUCCAGUCAGUGUGAAAUGUUAUGAAAAAUCAGAUUUAAGCAAAGUUCUAAAAGCAUGUAAAAUUCGGUGCAAUGUUACAUUGAAGUGUGGUCAUAUUUGUAAUGGCAGUUGUGGGAAAUGUUUCGUAUUUGAAAAUGGAUUUUUGCGAGAAAAUCAUGUACCUUGUUCUGCAAAAUGUGAAAAACGUUUGAAAUGUGGUCAUAUUUGUAAUAUUAUUUGUGGAAAAAACUGUGAGUCAUGUAAAUUUCUUAUUAGAAAAAAAUAUCCAUGUGGUCAUGAGAAAAAAGUAGAAUGUUAUUUAUCAGAUAAAAGUGAUUGCUAUGAGAAGUGUAUAGAAAUCUUGGAAUGUGGUCAUGUAUGUUCUGGAAAUUGUUAUAAAUGUACAUAUGGAGCUGCACAUAUACAAUGUAAAAAUCAAGUGAAAGUAGUCAUGAAUUGUGGACAUGAAGUGUAUAUGAAUUGUUCUCAGAAUUUACCAAAAUGUGAAAAUUCCUGUAUUAAGGUUUUACCAUGUGGCCAUAAAUGUCUUGAAAAAUGUUCUGACCCAUGUAAUGAAAAGUGUGAAAUAGUUGUUAUACAGAGAAUGCUAUGUGGCCAUUUCCAAUCCAUUAAGUGCUUUGCAGCAAAAGAUGUACCCUGUGAAGUAUGUGUUAAUUUAAACCGUAAAUCAUUUCGAUUUUAUGAGGAGGAGGAUAUAAAUGUAUUUUCUGAUGAUGAUAUCUUUAAUCUUGAUAGUUCAACUGAAGAUGAUGCAUUUUUGUACUAAGUAGAACAGUUAAGAUUUUAAAAGCUAACUGGAAAUAUUUUACCAAUAUUAAUUUUUUUAGUUAUGUAAUUUUUUAACUUUAAAUACUGCAUUCAUAUUAGAUAUUUAAUAAAAUUAACAUUAAAUUUA